UAGUUCGUUCUCUUUCUCAGAUUCGAUUCUGCCUUGUGUGGUCCGGUGCUUCUCAGGUUUCCGGUGGUUCGUGGUUCUUCGAUGGUCCAGUGUGACGUCUGACGAGUAACGACGGUGUCUCCUUUUUUGGUGGAAGCCAUAUCGAUUAGCGAGUGUGAAGAGUGACGACAGUGAACUGGACAACUGGUGACUGCUUGGUGUGGCCUUGUGGGUUGAACUUGAACUAUUGAAGACCUGAGUUCUCCGGGUAUUUUUGUGAGAAAAGAAUCUUGAGGGGAGAGAGAGAGAGAGAGCAAAGAGAAGGCGGCAAAAAGAAAUGUUGAAAUUUCUAUCGAAGGUGAAAAUUGAGUUCAAUGCGAUCGACCCCCGCAUCGCGUCAUGUAUGGAGUUCUUAGCCCAAUGCAACGCCCCAAAGGCGAAGGAGUCCAACCCGGCUUGUCAAAUCCAGGUGAAGCGCCGCACUGAUGACCACCCGCCGCAGAUCACUGUCACCUUCGUCAACGGCAUCGAGCAAACGUAUGAUGCCACUUCUACCCCCGCCCAAAACAUCCGCACCAUGAUUCUCGAGAAGGGGCAGUAUCUCGAGACUGAGCAGAUGUUCCGUGAAGCUGGCGAGAAGUGGCCCGUUGUUAUUCCUGUAGAAGAGCUCAACCAACCAUUCCUUGGAAUCAAGCCACGGAAAGCAGAAGAGAAAAAGUAGUGAUUGCCAUUGCAGAUACUCUUUGCUUAGUGUUGGUCUUGGGUAAACUCUUGACAGUGAAGAAGAUGAUCCUUCAAAGGGGUGUAAUUCUUGAGCAUUAAGUGCUCUGGAGUGUACUAUCUUCAUUGCUUCAGAACAUCGCCAUUUCAGCAUGCUUGUUUUGUGGAAAUUUUCAAACAGUUUAUUGCAGUGUCAUGUAGGCUUGCUGCAAUGUUGUGAAAUGAUCAAACAAUCAUCCUUGCUAUUCUUUCUCAGCCUAAUUGUAUUUGUGUAUAACAAUGAUAUCUUUUUGGCUGUUACCAUGAUAAUAAACUAAUAUGGCCCCUUAAUUUUUAUUUUA